AUGCUCCUUAAACAGAUUUCUUCCAAACCCAAAAAAAGUUUCAUCGUCAUUGCGACAGGCCCCGAAGCCCGUCAUUGGGAGACAGUUCUCUGCCAAGUUUUCAAUUUUCUGAAAAAGUCCCAUGCUACUGUAGAGACUCUUCAAAGUUCUCGCUCCUCGCCUAUCUUGACAAUCACCAACCGACACUCGCACAAGAGGUAUUCUCAAACUUCCAUCGUAGACCCUCUAGAUAGGGCGCGAACUAUUGAUGUCCAAAAGGAUAAAUUGCUACAGAUCACGCCCGAGGAGAGUACAUGUAUCAUCAACCAGCACGAUGAAGAACACAGAAGAUUCCAAAUGCAUCAGCUUAUCAAGGGCGGUUUGGACAAGAGUUUCAAGACGCAAUGCGACAAGGUUAGUGGUACCUUCGCCAGAAUCCAACGGCAGCUACAGGCCAAAUUUGUCGAUUUGUGUAAGAAACUACUUUUGUUUGAAUACAAGAGCAUAUACUCGUGUUAUCAUCGAUCACUUAUUUUUCUGGGCGAUCUCAUCAAGCCUGAUGAUUGGAAGGGGAGCCUCGAGGCAGUUCAAGACGCCAAAGCCUUCUUCAACGAGCAUGUAGGACAAGAUGUGAAGCAGCUCGUAAACCGUGCGAACUAUGGACAGGAAUACUUAAAAACAGAUGACGACAAGAAAUGCCUGAGAGAUUUGUGCAACACAGAUCCCCGGAUGGACAAGAGCAGAAUUGAAUCCACUAAAGGAGGCUUAUUUCAAGACUCAUACCGCUAG